AUGUCGAAUUCUCCAUUUUUCACGACCUUGCCAACCGAAGUCCGCGAUAUCAUCUAUGACUACCUCUGGAGCGAUACAAAGACCUUUGUCCAGCGGUAUGAUACCAAAGACUACAAGGUAACCUAUGACCGAAGGCACGACUCGGUUGAAGCACCAUCUGCUGUUGACAAGAUUCCGUGGCUUCUUACCAACAAGCAAAUGAUGCGCGAAGGCAUCCGACAGCUACACCAGAAGUCAACGUGGCACCUGGAUAACCGACUAUCAGAUAUACAUACCCAAAGCUAUAUCUUAGACGCCAUCACUCCAUCAGAAUGCCACACGCACGAGAUCUUCAUCCAGUGCAACUGGCCGAUGAUCUUCGAUGACGUGAAGCGGGUCUACCGGCUCAGCGAAGUAGCCCGGGCUGAGAUCAAUAGAAGCGCCGCGACAGCUAAUUCCUCGACUCCGCUAGACACUGUCUGCAUCAAGCUCGUCCGCCCUACCAAUGAGCGACUAGCUGCCAACAGCGCGGCAGACUUUAGCUUUAGUCUCUCUGGCUUCGAAAUCUUAUCUAGCCACACCGAGCUUCGUCGUCUCCAGGUUCACAUCGUCGGUGGCAUUGAUGAUACUAAACACCUUGUGUGGUAUUGGAGUUUGCGAGGGGAGAUAGACAGCGCAAAUAAAGCUAGGCGUCUGGAAGAUCAUUACUUGGAUGCUUGGAAGAAGGAGCUCUCUCGUGCGGCUGAGCUGGUGAUUCCUAAGAGUAAGCGCACUGGAUACAUGAAGGAGUUCACCAAGAACGAUGGUGAGCGUUGUCUGGAGUGGGUUUGGACGUUUGAGAAACAAAAGUCAAGCCAUUGA